AUGCUGAGGCAGCCGCUGAAAAUCCUGGCAACUGCCUGCACGAUUUUGGCUUUGAUCUUUAACGUGUACAUCUUUACUUAUCCAUCUUUGUUCCCUUUUCAAUGCUCUUGGAGAUGUAAGGGAAGCCAGGUUCGCGCCGACCUGCAAGACUUUUCGUUAGCCGAAAAAACGCUAUACUAUGCUAAACAAUAUGGCCUUGAUGUAUUGAGUCAAUGGAAACGUCAAAAAGGUGAGGAGGCAUUAGAUUCUCGCGACAUACACAUGCUUGCACUGGGGGACCCGCAAAUAAAGGGCAAUUGGCAAAAUACUCCGCUCAUUAAGCGGUUGGAUACCUUUGGAAACGAUUAUUACUUGGGCCACAUUUUCUCUAUGAUGAGGACCAGAUUGAAUCCUCAAUUUGUCGCUGUGAUGGGAGAUCUUUUCUCUUCUCAGUGGAUUGGUGAUUCAGAAUUCUUUAAUCGAACGGCUCGGCUCACGAGCCGCGUGCUGAAAAGAAACCCUGCUUGGCUGUAUGACAUUCGGAACGGUAGCAAGGAUAUGAACGGACAAUAUCAGGUCGAUUGGGUGUCUUUCGCUGAUGAUUUGCCAGAACACAUGUCAAAAACGCCUAUAGACUUCCAAUUCGGCUAUGAAAAUGUUUAUGCUUGGAAUCCAGUCGAAGAUGACUAUCUGCUUAUCAACAUCACCGGUAAUCAUGAUGUUGGAUAUUCCGGAGACGCUACUUUCCAACAUAUGGCUCGGUUUCAAGAGUUAUUUGGCAAGGAUAACUACUGGAUAGAGUACGACGCAGACACAGAACACGCGUGGCGUAUCGUCGUCUUGAACUCCCUACUGCUAGAGGGCCCCGCUUUACAAGACGAGUUUUUGGACAUAACUUGGGAAUUUCUUUACCAACUAUUCGAGCGCAGGUUUAACGGCAGCACGGUCCUUUUGACGCAUGUGCCGUUCUACAAAGAAGAAGGCAUAUGCGUUGACGGACCGUACUUCAGCUAUUAUCCCGAGGAUUAUCCCAGAGAGCCCUACAAAGCAAAUUUAUUACGUUCUCAAAAUCAUCUCAGCCAAGGCGUAACUAAAAGGGUUCUGAAUUUGAUUUUCGAUAACGAGAAACCAGGUGUCAUUCUCACUGGUCAUGACCACGAGGGCUGUGAAACUUUUUACAACAAAGAUCCCAAAACCGCAGAGUGGUUUGCUUCGAAGAAGCCCCAAUUGUCCAAUUAUUAUAUCAAGGAAAUUACCGUCAAAUCCAUGAUGGGAGAAUUUAACGGAAACGCCGGUCUACUUACUGGACAUUUUAACGUCUUGCAUAAGAGGUGGGAAUGGUCGUUUUCAUUAUGUCCAUUCUCCAUUCAGCAUAUUUGGUGGUUCACCAAGGUUAUAACCAUCUUGAGUGGGAUCUUCCUGUCUUUAUUAGUCGUCCUAUAG